CUAGAAAUUUACAUAUUUACAUAUGAAUUGAAAAUUGUGUUGAAAAAAUAAAAUAAUAAUCGUACUUAUGUAGCUUAUGGCAACAAUAAAAAGCGAAAUGCCGCCUUUGCAUGCGGCCGAGACGCUAGUUGGUAGUGUCGGCACAGGAGGCGGUAGCAGUAGUGGAGGCGGCGGCGGUGGCAACAAUAACAACAAUAGUGGAAACCCAACAGGAACAUCAGCAGCCACCACAAAUAAUACAUCAACGACAACAGCAGCGAAUAAUACGAUUAGCGCGGCCGCAGAUUCCAGUGAUAAUCAACCAUCGACACCGCAACCACAAAUCAUUGGUGGCAAUAACGAGCAGCAACAAAACUCCUCACACCAUCCAUAUGCCACGCAUCAUAUGUACUCAUCAACAGCAGCAGCAGCGGCAGCUGCAGCAGCAGCAAACGCAGCCAUCACAACAACAGCUGUUGGUGUAACAAUGCCACAUAUGUACGGAGUUGGUGCUAAUAGCAAUACAAUAUAUGCAACAGCUGGGCAGGAUAUGCAACAGCAACAACAACAGCUCCAGCAGCAGCAACAACAACAUGCUGGUUAUUCCAGUUAUUUGAAUAGCUAUGAACAAUUUUAUCAACAACAAGCACAACAAACACAAUCAUCUGGUAUGCAUACUGCCAACGGCAAUAGUAAUUUGGAUUAUGGUAAUACAGGAAUUAUGUAUGGCGGUGCUGGUGGCACUGCCGUUGGAAAUUUAUCAACUAAUACUGAGUACAGUAGUAAACCAUCGGGUGUACGUUAUCAUCCAUAUUUGCAAACACCGACUUCAGGUUUGACAUCAUCAGCAGCUAAUAAUGCAAAUACUGUUAGCAAUAAUGAAGGCGCACACGACACUGCACAAGCUACAUCAGGUGGAACUUUAGCUUCCAGCGGUGCUGUAUCAACUACCACCUCAAUGAGUCCGCGGGUUGUGAGUUCUACUAGUCCUACUUCAACAUCAUCUAAUCAUUUGCAACUUGGUAACUCAAGUUCUCCCAGUGGCAAGUUACAGUGUAAAAAGUGUGGCAUUAUGUCCACCAAUGAAUCGGAAUUACAAGAGCACAUUACAAAUGUGCAUGGUGCUUCACCAUACGGUAGUAGUGGUUACUCGAGUUCGCCAUAUAUAAAAGAAGAAAUGCAAACUGCUAGCACACCUCACCAACAAUCAUCACAACCAACGCAACAGCAACAAACUGGCGGUAAUCCAGGUGAUAUAUUAGAUUUAGAUUCACAAAAAAUGGUAUAUCCACCUUUACCUGGUGGUAUGCCACAUAUGAUGCACCAUCCAUUAGGUCAUCAACAAAUGCAUGAUGUCAGUGAUCCUCUGCAUUCUAUGCAUACAAUGCAACAACGUGCACUACCCACUUGGGAUCAGCCAGCACAUUCUCAAUUGCAGGAAGGUUUAUCUCCAUUUAUGCAACAACAACACCAGCAACAACAAUCUCAACAAGAGAAAACUCCUCUCUCUAAUCAAUCGCCAUAUUAUUCACCGAAACAGUCGCCAUAUCAUAUAUCAGGUGGCAGUGGAGUUGGCAUAAAACAUGAAUAUCCAAUUAUUAAAUCAGAAUAUGCUGAUUCACAAAAUUAUGUGGAUAAAUCUUUUGACCCUACUAGUGGCGGUGAAUUAUGCCAACAACCAACACAGCAACAAUCACAAAAUCAACAGCAGAUGAUGCCUGUUUCCUCUAGUCCAGCUGAGUUUCCGUCUACCACAACCGGCCCUCAAGAUCAGACGCAACAAUAUCGUGGUUUUGAGCCCCCAACUUCGUCUUCCGCUUUACCCGCUAAUAGCGUUACUACAAAAGCAGCUUCUUGGAAAUCGAAUGAGGCCCGUCGUCCAAAAACAUACAAUUGUACGGCAUGCAAUAAGUGGUUCACUAGCUCUGGACACCUAAAACGCCAUUAUAAUACAACUCUGCAUAAAAAUGCUGUAAAGUCCAGUGGUCAGCCUGAUCCUGCUACAAUGCCUAUAUCGGUACAUCAUCAUCCUUCACGUGAUCCUGGUGGUAAACUUAGCCGUCGCAACAAUUCUAAUGCAGCGGCUGCAGCAGCUGCAGCUGCACAGCAACAGCAGCAACCACCGGCACCAGUUCAACCUCCAGAACCUCCUAGGAGUCCGCAAGAUUAUGUGGCUCAAGCGGCGGGAUUGGGCCAAAUGUCGCAUUAUUCCGCCUCUCCAUCGCCAACCCACCACAAUCAGCAGCAACAAAAUGGCAUGUCAUAUGGUCAACAAUCGAAUGGUUAUCAACAGCAGCAAUUCAUGCAACAAGUUCAAUCAACAACAAAUGCUUCUCCUCAGCACGCUUCCAAUAUUUCUGGCGUAUCGCCAAACACUCAAACCGUUUUGAACGGUCACCCAAACGGGCUAGCAGGUCCCUCCGCCCAAACAACACCAAUACCGUCCUCCAACACGAGGGGCCUGCUGAACACAACAACAACAACAACAGUUAUAGCAAAGAUAGAACCAACGGAGGACAAUCAAACAAUCAUACAAUCCCCAAUGGGCAUGGAAAUGGAAAUGUUACAACAGCAGCAGCAGCUGGACGAGGAAACAGUGGAGCAGCUUCAACUCCACCAAUCGCAGCUGGAGGAGCAGCAAAUGUUGGAGGAGGAUCGUCAGCAUCUUCAUUAUCAACAGGUGGAGUCACUGGAGCAACAUCGUCAUUAUCACAACAGCUCUCACAGCAGCACGGACAACAUGCAAGCCCAAUCGCCCCUUAUUAUCUCCCACCAGCAAUACCAGGAGCAACUCCAACAGCAGCAGCAUCAACAAAUGGUGGACAACAUUUAUUCACGCAUCACCCCACCGCAGCCGCUUCAGCAAGCCCAUAUGCCGCUACACAAUAUAACGGAUCACCAAUACAACAUCAUGCCUUUGGAUAUCAACAUGCCGCAGCACAGCAGCAGUAUGCAGCUGCAGCAGCAGCCGCAGCACAUCACCACCAACACAGCUACUACCAAUACGGACAGCAUCCACACUAUGCUGCACAACCACCUCCACCAACGGCUGGUGGAGCAGCAGGAGCUACCGCACAUGCACAAUACGCUGCUCAACAAUACCAGCAUCCAGUCACCGCUGGACACCAGUACCAUCAUGCACACGCCGCUGCCGCUGCCCAUCACCACGCAGCAGCUGCUGCAGCAGCAGCAGCUCACCACCCACACCAUUCCAUCCUUCCAACAGCUGCAGCAGGUGUCGGGGCUGGAGCAACCGGGGCACACAAUGACUUAUCACACUAUUAUUGGUAAUCAAGAUGGUAAUAGUAGCAUUGGCAGUGCAAGUACGAAUUCAUCUGAAUUAUUGCAAUUUACCACUUUAGAUGGUUACGGCAGUAUGCAAUCACAACAAAUGGUCACAUCUGAUGGACAAAUAUUACAAUUUAUACCAACACAAAUGACAGGCCAACCUUUGUAUACUUUGCCACAACGUGGUUCUGUUGCGGAAACAUAUAGUCCACAAUCAUCAUUUUCAGAACAACGUUCACCGCAAGAAGCUGAUCUACCACCAACAUAUACAUUCAUGCAAACAACAUUACCAACGCAAGAAUCUUCGCAAACAACUACAACAGAUUUACCAUCCAUGCCAUAUUCACCUACAAUUUCUUCAUCACUGGAUGAAUAUGCUAAUAAUUAUAGUGAUACUGGUAUCCCUAUGAUAAAACAGGAGAAGUCCGAUUUCAAAACGAUUCUCUCAGACAGCGACAGCAGUCCAACUACAACAAAGAAAACAAAAACUCUUAAAGUUACAAAAGCACAAAAACGAAAACGUACACCAUCUGCUGGUUCAAUUUCGCCAUCAACAUCAACAUCAACUACAUUGCCCACCGGCCGCAUUAAAUGCAUUGAAUGCGAUAAGGAGUUCACGAAGAUCUGUUACUUAACGCAGCACAACAAAUGUUUUCAUUCUGGUGAGUAUCCAUAUCGUUGUCAAAAAUGCGGUAAACGCUUUCAAUCCGAAGAAAUUUACACGACUCAUCUUGGUCGACAUAAAGCAAUAGAGAAGCCACAUAAAUGCGAUCUUUGUCCAAAGCAAUUUCAUCACAAAACCGAUCUGCGACGCCACAUUGAAGCUAUACAUACUGGCCUCAAACAGCAUUCCUGCGCUAUAUGUGAAAAAAGCUUCUGUCGUAAGGACCAUUUGCGUAAGCACUUCGAUACCCACAAUCGGCCGCGUGUAGCACUUAAAAAGCCAGUGCGUACUACGGGUAACCGCAGAACAAGAGGUCCAAAUAGUCCUUCUGCAAGUACAAGCAAACAAGCUGCUACUAGUACGCCCAGAAACGUUUCUGCAGUUACCAGCAGAAAUACUUCUGCAGGUACAAGUAAAAACACUUCCGUACGUACUAGUAGAACUGCUGCCGCUAGUAUAAGCAAAGACGACAUUCCAAGUACCAGCAAAGCCGCCAUUAUGGAUAGAAAUGCUAUCGUAAAUACGAUCAGAAACAUUAUCACUCUUACAAACAGGGACGAUAUCCCAAGUACAAGCAGAGACGCUAUCACAAAUGCAAGCAGAAACGUUAUCACAAUUACAAGCGAAGACGAUAUCUCAGGUACAAAUGUAAAUCCAAGUACAAAUGGAGAUGCUAUCGUAAAUGCAAUCAUAGAUGAUAUACCAAGUACAAGUAAAGAAGCUAUUGUGAGCGUAAGUAGAAAUGUCAUGGGGACUACAGGCAGAGAUGCUAUUGCUGGUAUAAGCAGAAACAUUAUCACAAGUACACCCAUAAAUUCUAACUUGGCGUUUGCUCUCCAUAACAUGAAUAGAACAAUCGUUACUGCCACUGCUGUAAUAACUGAUCAGCAUUUACAGCAGCGCCAGCAACACCUACCACAAAGCAUGGUUAUUAAGAAUGAUGUGAUGCUUUCACUCAAAGACGAGCAGCACAGCUCAGAUUCGAUGUAUAUGCAACAUAAUGCAGACGUGCUUGUUACAGAUGAUAGUCUCAGCUCAGGUGAAGAACACGAGCGCGUUAUGCAGCAACAACGCCAACAAUUGAAUGAUCAUGAUAUGCUUGAGUUGCCGAUGGUCAAAGAAGAGUAUCGCGUAAACGACCAGGAAAUUGCUUUGUACUAAGAUCGCACCAUAAAUUGACUUAAAAGGCAACAAAGCGUUUGAUUUUUUAGGAACUUCGAAAGGUGAUUGCUGUAGAUUCUGUCGAUCUGAAAAUCAAACGCUUUCUUCCCUUUUGGCCACAAUCAAUGAUACAAAAUUAUAAAUUGCCAUAUUUAAAAUAAGUUUCAAGCUUUGUCGCUACAAGCACAUUUUAUGUAUCUAAAGCAUGUAUUUUUGUUUAUGCCUGAGCUUUUAUUUUAAUUUUGCUGCAUUGUAAAUACAUAAAAUAUUUUAUUUUAUCUCAAAUUUUGUAAUGCCAUUAUGUUU